AUGUCUAUAGUGCAACCUAUCAUCCGAGACCAAGUCGUCAUCAACGACGAUGAUGACUGGGACUCAGUGUACCACGUCGAAUGGGAGCCCGAUGCCAACUUCUUCACCGGCUCUGAACUUCGACCCAGAACACCACUAUGCAAGGCAACAGCCGAUCACCAAAUCACACUAGCCCGCGCCGCAGCGCUGAUUAUUCGCGCAUCUCUUAACAACAUCCCGUUAGAUAUCCCGGACUUUGAUCCCUACAAACUAACCGGCUUCCGGAAACAAUUGUAUCAAUGGAUGCAAGCCUAUAACUCGUCUCCGGCGAGUAAGCUUGUGCUAGGCGAUGUGACGAUGACGGUUACGAUUGAGAUCUUAUCGUCGCUUACGCGCAUGGGCGUGGAGGGAGAGAUUUUGGCUAAGAUUGGACCAAAUUUGGGAGGCAUUUUACAAGGAACUAUUAAUCCGAUGUCGCUGCUUUUGGAAGGCAAUAGGUUCAAUCGGAUGCAAGACGGGAUGGAGUUGAUGCAGAAGAUGAGAGGGCAUCUCCGACAAUAUCUCUCCUCAUACGCGACAAAGAAACCUGUUUUGAACGUCCUCGAGGUCGGCGCCAGUACGAGCAACAACACACAGACGAUAUUCGAUGCGUUACGAGAACAGAAGAGUGUAUCAUAUACUCUUACCGACUCGUCGCUUUCAGUGCUGGAGCAGACCAAGGCGGGCACCACCAAAGACUUCCUCAAGCUUAAGAGUCUUAACAUAAACCGCGAUGCUAUUGAGCAAGGCAUCAAUCCCAGUACCUACGACAUUAUUCUCGUCAACAACAUCCUUCAUACAGUCAACUCUCUUCCGGAAACACUGGCGAAUUUGCGCAAACUUCUCGUCCCUGGCGGUGUCCUCGCUCUCGUCGGAUUGUCAGACAUAUCACCCGCUUACAGCCUGAUCUUGGGUAUGAAUGAGAAUAUGUGGCCAGAUGAACGGUGUGAACAAUUGCCAUACCCUUCGAACGAUGACUGGAACAAGCUGCUGCAGGGUAGUCAGUUCAGCGGACUCGAACCAGCGACGAAGACAUUCGACUACAUCGGCCAAUCCUGCUACUGUGUCAUCUCAACAGCGGUGACUUCGACUCAGCGACUAAUGGUUAAUAUUCUACCGGGCUCAAAGGACAAUCUGUUCAGCUUUGCGGACCAACUGGCUUCCGCACUGGCAGAGAACGGGACAGCGUCCACAAUCACGCCAGCACGUCUAGAAGAUAUCUCGUCACGAUUCAUUUACGUCGCUCUCGAUGAUGGAUCCAGCUCCCUUAGCGAGUAUGAAAGUCUCCACAAAGCGCAAAACGUUCUUUGGAUCAACAUGGGGGCUGGGCUCUCGACACAACGAGACAUGAGCAUCAUCAGUGGUUUCGCUCGCGACGCCCAGAAGGAUAAUGAAACUCUCAAGCUCGUGCAACUCGACGUUAAGCAGGAGUAUCCGGAGUAUGCAGACCUUCUUAAAGUUGUCAUGCGGAUUAUACAGGUGUCGUUUCAAGAGGAUCGUGGUUCCAGGACGGAGUUGGAGUAUGAGUAUCGGAAUGGGAGAGUUCUUGUGCCGAGGGUAAAGGGAUCUGGUAUGAUACAGAAGUUUGCUUGA